CUCCCUCGUCCCGGCUCCAGCUCUGCCGCCUGCUCGGGCCUCGGCUCCCCCUCCCAGAGCCCCCUCCCCGGAGCGGAGCCCACCCCAGGGCCCCUCUCCCGCCCCCCCGCCCGGCCGCCCGGCCAGAGCAGCAGCCCCGGGAGGCAGCUUCUCGCCAGCCUGACCCCCUCCAGCCCAGCCCUGCCAGACGCCCCCCAACCAUGAAUCUCUUCCGAUUCCUGGGAGACCUCUCCCACCUCCUAGCCAUCAUCUUGCUACUGCUAAAAAUCUGGAAGUCCCGCUCUUGUGCCGGGAUUUCAGGGAAGAGCCAGGUCCUGUUUGCUGUGGUGUUUACUGCACGAUACCUGGACCUCUUCACCAACUACAUCUCACUCUACAAUACUUGCAUGAAGGUCGUCUACAUUGCCUGCUCUUUUACCACGGUCUGGAUGAUUUACAGCAAGUUCAAAGCCACUUAUGAUGGGAACCACGACACAUUCCGGGUGGAGUUCCUCGUUGUCCCCACGGCCAUCCUGGCUUUUCUGGUCAACCAUGACUUUACCCCUCUAGAGAUCCUCUGGACCUUCUCCAUCUACCUGGAGUCGGUGGCCAUCUUGCCACAGCUAUUCAUGGUGAGCAAGACGGGCGAGGCGGAGACCAUCACCAGCCAUUACCUGUUCGCACUGGGUGUCUACCGCACGCUCUAUCUCUUCAACUGGAUCUGGCGCUACCACUUUGAGGGCUUCUUCGACCUCAUCGCCAUCGUGGCUGGCCUGGUCCAGACGGUCCUCUACUGCGAUUUCUUCUACCUCUACAUCACCAAAGUCCUAAAGGGGAAGAAAUUGAGUUUGCCAGCCUAGCCCCGGUCCUCGUUCUCGCCAUCCCUCUCUUUGGCGACAGCGGCGAGAGGCAGGGGAAGGCAACGAAAGACAAGAACCUUUCGGUCCAGGGGUGACUUUUGAAAGAACCAACUUCUCCCCACUUCCCAUCGUCCCCUCCUGCCGGGUUUCAGGGGGUGGUGGAGGACCCCCAAGUCUUGGGGAGCUCAGGACCUGGGCUGUUUGUAGUUUUUUGCCUUUUAGAGAAGAGAAAAAAAGCUUUCCACUAUUUAGUUUUUGAUUCUGAUGACCCUCCUCUCUCUUCUACUCUCUAGCCCCCAUUUUUAUAAACUGUUUCUGAGUGUCCUGUGGGGUGUGGCAGGGUGGGAGAGCUUUUCCCUCCCCCCAGACCCCUCGGCUCCCUUCCAGAUUCUAUUGCCUAGCCCCAGGGGUUGCCAAACACUAAAUCUGCCAACACCCUCAUUGGCCCAACCUCCCACCACGGCCAUGAACCAUCACCACCACCCCCCCAAAUUUUGGACUGGGGUAAGAGGGGUGGGAAGGUGCCCCUGAUUUUUUCAUGAUAAUGAUUUCCCAGAGUUUGGGUUCUUUGGUCUUAUCCUCAUUUUUUGGCAGUUUAGGGGGGCAAGGGGCUGGGCGUGGGAGGGAGCUGGCCAGAGGGUCACCGCGGCUCUCCUGCCGUGUUUUUGUACAGAAUUGUUGGUUGAUUCUUUGUUCUCUUGAAAUAAACCGAGGAAAAUGAUGCCUCUCUUUCACUACUUGUGGCCCUCUCUCUGGCGUUUGACUCUGCUGAUUCCUGACUCCUCACGGCUUCCCUGGGGGAAGAGGUUUUGGAGAAAAAAUAAAUCUCAAAGAUUCUUAUCUUAGCACAGAACUUUCCUGACACUUGUCCUGGAUUUCAGGGAUGACCUUCACAAGCAUAUGACUCGGAGGCCGUAGGCAGCCCCUAUCUCCCUGCCCCUGUUUAGUGGGCAUUUUGUUGAAGCCCAUUGCAUGCUUUCUUAAAAUGAAAAGAAUCAGUUGCCAGCCUUAAAAAAAAACAGAUUUCCACAUUAAAGUCAGGAUUUCUGGCUUCUCUUGAAGAAAGAAAUUCAUCAAUCUGAUGAUGCCAGGUCCAUGUUUCUGGGUGGCAACAGAUGGCAGGAGCUCAAUGGCUGGGACACGCAAGCUUUUCACCACAGUCCCCAGGACUUGGCUGAGGGCUUGUCACCAAUUCAUUAUCGGGUGGAUGCUGUUGAUUUGGGUUUGGGUUUUGUGGAGUUAAAAGGCAAGUGAAAUACAGCCCAUGUCUCUCCAUACUGGCUCUGCACCUGGCCUUGUUCCUUUAACCUGGGAGCCCUUGGAGUUUUGCCUCCUGACUUAGUCACAUUUCCUAGAUAUCCACUGAGAUCCUCCUUAACUGUCUUAACCACCUCUAGGUUCUAGAAACAGUUUGGGGUAAAUUUUUUUUUAAUUCAUUGCCAACAAAUUCCACAUAAAUUUAAUUCAUUCUGCUAUUCCCACACUGGAAUGUCCAACUGUACUAGGGAAAUCAGAAGGUUCUAGAGCUGCACCAUCCAACACGGUAGCCUAGAGCUACAUGUGACCAACAGCAGUUGAAGUAGGAGUCUAGAGGCAGUGUGGGAACUUACUGUGGGCAUCUAAGAUGCCCCAUGAAGGAUUUUUAUAUUGAUGACAUGUUGGAUAUGUGGGUUAAAUAAAAGAUGUGAAAUGACUAUCCACUCUUUUGUUCUACUUUUCUUCAUGGGGCAACUAUGCAACUUAGAGCUGUCCCCCAUGACUCACGUUGUGAGAGCUGCCCUGGACUCCCUCCUGGACAUAGCUCCUGACUCCAUCUCCUCCUUUUGGGUUGCUUCACCCUUUGAAGUAGAUUUUUGUGACCUGCAUAUGAGUUCCCAAUUAGCUUUGGGGUCCUACAGUAAGACCCCUUCCUUUAUCCUGAGAUUGUCAUUAAAAUACUUGAAGAUAAGGAUCAUGUCCUGUCUUAGUCAUGGAUUUGCCACCCCCUGUUCCUUCAGUGACUCCUCCUCACACAGUUUGGUUUUGUUUGACUUGGGGCCCUUGUCUUGGUAAGGGAAUGGGCUUCACUCAUUUUGUAUUUUCUCCCCUAAACUUGACCUCAGCUCUAUAGGGGGGCCUCCU